AUGGACGAUGCUUUUGAUGAUGAAGGUGGCCCGUCUCUUACAAUCAACGAGUACCUUGAGGAAGUUGAGGAACGGGAGCUGGAAGCUGAUUUGGUUUUAGGGGGGGAUGAUGGAAAAGAGUGUACCUAUAGCAAAGGUUAUAUGAAAAGGCAGGCAAUUUUCUCCUGUAUCACCUGCACCCCAGAUGGGAAUGCUGGAGUUUGCACUGCUUGCUCUUUGUCUUGCCAUGAUGGUCAUCAGAUUGUGGAACUAUGGACAAAAAGAAACUUCAGGUGUGAUUGUGGGAAUUCAAAGUUUGGUGAAUUCUACUGCAAGAUUUUCCCAAGUAAAGAUGUUGAGAAUGGUGAGAAUUCGUACAAUCACAACUUUAAAGGUUUGUAUUGCACAUGUGCUCGCCCUUAUCCAGAUCCAGAUGCUGAAGAACAAAUAGAGAUGAUACAGUGUUGCUUGUGUGAGGAUUGGUUUCAUGAGGAGCAUCUUGGUCUCGACUCUCUUGAUGAGAUUCCCAGAGAUGAUGAAGGGGAGCCGCUUUAUGAGGAUUUCAUAUGUAAGGGAUGCUCUGAAGUAUGUUUCUUUCUGAAAUUAUAUCCUGAAGUAAUAUUGGUGGCCGAGAAGCAGCCAAAUGCUACUGUUCAAGCAAGUAAGGACAAAGGUAUUUUGGAAGAUGAGCCUUCAACUCGCGGGUCUGAAAAGCCACUGGGUGAUACUUCAUACAAUUCCCCUAAAAUGGAUGAGGCACAAGCUUCUGUUAAUUCUGAAUCUGUAUCUGAUGGGAAGGGUCUACCUCAGGGAGGAAGUUGUAAUGGCAAUACUGCUUUAAGUAAAUGCACAGAAGGCCCCAAUUUGCAUGUUAAUUGUCUUCUUGGUGUGAACAUCGUUGCUACUUCCCCAGUUAAACAUGACAAAUCAAUGUUUCUUUCGAAAAAUUGGAGAGAUGCUCUAUGCAAAUGCAACCAUUGUUUGGAAUAUUACCAGCAGAAGCGAAUUGGUUUUCUUCUUGACAAGGAUGACUCAAUUGUGGAGUAUGAGAAAAUAGCCAAGCAAAAAAGAGAACAAAAGUUGCAGGAACUGGAGGGUGCUGAGUUAAGUUUUUUUAAUAAACUUGGGCAUGUAGAGAAAGUUGAGAUCUUGAAGGGCAUUGAAGAGAUGAAGGAUGGGCUUCGUUCUUUCCUGGAAUCCGCAGACUCCUCCAAGCCAGUUACUGCUGCCGAUGUCCAUCAGUUUUUCGAUGACAUUAAGAAUAAGCGCCGCCGUACAGAGUGA